AUUAUUUACAAUAAAAGCAAUAAUAUCUCUGAAGUGAAUUAUGGUCGAAUAAUUAGCAGUACAGGCACCUAAAAUUUUGCUCAAUCGAAAUUCGAUUUUGAACAUAUUGAGAAUGUAAUUAUGCUGAACAUUCAGUAAAUCUAAUCAAUACCGUGCGUAAAGGUCGCGAGUAAGCACAUUAUUGCAAUGUCAUGUAUAAAACUGCACUAUAUGCAACCAUGCUACAUUGAUAAAGUAGUAAACAAAUGUUCAACCAUAAAUGAAAUAUUUGGUAUGGCAAAUUUGCUUACUAUAGACGAAAUAUUAUGAAGAUGCUACUUGGAGAUAACAUUAUUUAAUGUUUUCUGGGUAUAAAAGCUUUACGGUUCACGUUCAUCAGUCAUCAUUCAGAAGUGAAUUGUGUCUCGGUCUCGAUUCAAUUACAGUUCGUGAAAAUGAAAGUGAAUUUAGCUGUAGUUGUAGCGACAUUUGUCGCCUGUACAAAUGCUACGCUGCUUGUACACGACCCAGAGUACUGUUACUCAACGGAUCCUAUUCGUUCGCAACUGAAAAUGUUCUCAACAACAACGCCAUACGAUACAGUGAGAGGCUCAGCAUACAAUCCCUCCACGUGCACACCGAAACGUUUUUGGCUCGUCUCAAGACAUGGAUCCAGAUAUCCAUCAAUUGCUGAUCGUGACCAGUUGCUAUCCCCUAAUGACCCUAUUCAGAGUAAAAUUAUGGAAAACUAUGACUCGGGCAAGACAACAUUGUGUAGACGCGAUGCCCAGAAAAUCAGGGAAUGGCAUUUGGACCCUACGUUCGUUCAGACUGCUGGACCAGCAAAUCUUUCGGUCACUGGAUGGAAUGAAAUUAAAAACAUUGCUAGACGUUAUCAGACCAUAUUUCCCGGUCUUCUCCCUAGGUCCUAUUCACAAUCACAUUAUUUCUUCAGGAAUUCACCCUACCUAAGAACUCGUCAAACAGCUCAGGCUUUUGCUGAAGGAUUAUUUGGACCUGACGUAUAUCAACGAGUUAAUUAUACGGGUGGCUCUUGGCCAGAUCUGUUUAUGUUUCCGUUUGGGACCUGUCCAGCAUGGAUGGAACUGAUAUCCAGUGGAUCUAUCGAAGCUCAAGCUUUCGCUGAUGGACCAAGGUUCCAAGAGAUGAUAACCCAAGUCAGCAACAAGCUCGGUUUCGUUGGAUCAGAUCGAUUGAAUCAGACCCAAGUUGUUGCUCUUAUGACUCACUGCCAGUACGAACAGAUUUUGAAUCACCUUAAAGCAUCGCCAUUCUGCUCAGCAUUCUCACCAGGAAACGUCCAAGUGUACGAGUACUACAACGAUCUAAUAUUCUACUAUAUGUGCGGUUAUGGAUACACGUCUUGCAGAACUAUGUUUAAAAACAUGGACUGCUACUUGGUUCAGGACAUGUUAGACUUUUUGCAGGCUGCAGACAAUCAGAGGGCAAAGCUUAGCUUCGGGCAUGACACUACUGUACAGUUUCUGAUGGUGGCAAUGGGUUUAUUCAACGAUCGUAUUCCGUUGACAGCAAAGAAUUUCGAAAAACAAUUAUCACGCCAUUGGAGAACAAGUUUGAUUACACCAAUGGCAGCUAAUUUGGCAGUCGUCCGAUACGAUUGCAGACACGAUGAAGAUGAGGUUUUGUUCGAGCUCAACGAAAAACCACUGCUAUUUCCAGGAUGUGACUCGAAUGGAGUCUGUAAGAUUUCUGUUGUUUUGAACAGACUCAGUCACUUUGCCAAAGCAAAUUGUGCAUCGCUUUACUGUAAGAAUUAGUGUAAUGUGUAAACGGGCUUCGUUUUGUAUUAAAAUAUUUUUACUUAUUC